UACUCAGAACGGUUCCGUUCUGUAGUUCUAUUCCUCGGUCUUCUUUCUCUCCGAGUCGCCUCACUCUGCGACACAGUGUGAAACAAGCCCCAAAAACGAAAACCCUAGGAAAUGAACUCAAUCGCGAGACACUCAACGAGUCUGUUGAAGCGGCCGAGUCAGAUAGUUGAAUCGCUGAGUUUUGGGAAUCAGCAUCAGCUUCAGCAAUGGAGAGGGAUACGAGUGAAGGUGCUGAACGGGAAUUUGGAGUCGGCGCUGACAUUCAUGCAGCGGAAGAUGCAGUCUAGUGGAAUGGAGAGGCUGAUAAAGCGCGAGCAGACCCACCAUAUCAAGAACUCCGAGAAGCGCAUCUUGGCCCGCAAGAAUCUGGAGCGCAAGAUUCGAUCCCAGGAACUCGCUCGCAAGCUCCAGGCCAUCCUCCUCAAGAAAGUCAGGGGGGGUCUAUGAAAGGAGAGCUCCUGAUGGUGGUUUCUUAGUGGAAAACAUUGGCCAGGUGUUAUCUUUUAUCUUUUGGGAAUAUCAUGGUGUUGAUAUGUGGGGUUAGUUUGACCUGUUCUUCUGCGAUUUGAACUUCCUCCAUAAAUUUUAUGUAGACCAAACCCAUUGAUUGAGUUGUACCCUUCUUUAAAAUUUUUGAUAAAAUAUGUGACCGUUUGAAAGAUUGUCACUCUACUUGUAUUGUUGUUGUCAUUAAAUGGCACAUGGAUGACAGGUUAUUUGUA